AUGGCUGCCACCAAGCCAAUCGGGCACUGGACGUCCCAAGGAAAGGCAAAGAAACUACGAGAGUUUGGUCCAGAUUUGCACACAGCCUCGAUGCAGGUUCUGUCGCAAUGCAUGGAGGUUCCAAAAUCCUUGCAGCCUCAGGCUGGGAACACAGCUCUAAUGCACAUUCGAGGCCUUUGCUUCAUGCAGACAUUGAUUGAUACCUUGACCGAUCCCCACGGAGUGCCGGACACCCGCAGCCGGGGUCACCUUCGCUCCACUGAAGCUCAGAGAGUAGGAGAUAAUAAAACACCCACUAGUCCAAUGCGUUCUUUGCGCAGUGUGGAGAUACAGAAGGCGUUGCCAGAACCUGAUGUAGAGCAAUGGGCAAAGUGGCUUGCCACAAAUAUUCCCACCGGUGUUCCACGGUUAUAUGUUCAACUAGAGGCCGCUUUCAGAACCUCAUGCCUCGUUCCUGUAACUGUCGGCAUCGAAAUCUGGACUACGCUUCGUGCGGACGAUAAGGCUCUCAACGUUAUCACGCUUGUUAACUCCAGCAACACGGUCUCUCAUCUGUGCUAA